AUGCUGAAAGGCGGCGCGUAAGGUGGUGGAUGGAUGGGCUCCGCACCGGCAGCCCGAUUGGCGUCGCCCGAGCUCGUCGCGCCUCGCUUACAAGCGAUAUAGCAUGCUAUUUAUCGUCAUUGGUCACAGGAACCAUCAGUAGAGGCACAGGAAGCGUGUAGAGCGGGAACCAAAAUUACUAGGCGCCCGGCAAAUAGGCCACUCAAUCGUGACCGUGACCUUCUGUUGGUAGCCCCGCAGCUCGAAACCUCGCGGCAGGCAUUUAAUUCCGGAUUAUUAUCUGACGCUAUGCAACAAUUUGCACAGCAACUGCAGCAUGCGGGACCUCGGCGAGGUUUGCGCCGCCCGAAUUUCGCUUUCGCAAGGCCGUCGACGCAAGCGGCCGCUUUCAGAAUCGCGGCGCAGCACCAUACGCUACCAAGUGGACACAGCAUUGGUUGGCUGCCAAUGGGCCAGCUAGCACCUAGCUUCGCAGCACAAUGCAGAUGGCCUGGAGCCCACAGCACGCCCACAGGCGGCAGGCGCAUGGCUACAGUCGCCGCUGCGGCGGCUCCACCGGCGUCGGGCGCUGGCACCAACGGCGUCUCGCCGCCGCCCGCGGAGAUUGAGGCCACCUGCCUGCGCUGCGUCAUCAGCGCCAUCGGCGGCUCCAUUGCGGAUGACAUCAGUGACGUGCUGCUCAGCCUGGGGGCGCAGUCGGUCGUGGUGCAGGAGCACCGGCCGGACGGUGCGCCUGAACAGGAGAUCUUUGACGAUGGCGAGGCGAAGCUGUGGGACGUGUGUGACAUCGUGGCGCACUUCCCGCUGGAAGCUGACGUGGACUCGUGUGUAGCGCUUCUGGAGGACGCGAUGCGCGAGGCGGACAUGCUGCUGCCGGACAGCGCCGGGCUGGUGUACGCCGUCAGCCCCGUCGCCAACGAGAGCUGGGUGGAGCAGAUCAAGGCCAGCUACGUGCCGCUCCAAAUCGCUGACGAUUUGUGGAUCAUCCCGGAGUGGUCAGAACCGCAGGAUGUGGCCGCUACCAACAUCAUACUGCAGCCGGGGGUGGCGUUCGGCACAGGCGAGCACCCCACCACCAGCCUGUGCCUGCGCGAGCUGCGAGACCUGGCGGCGGCGGGGCGGCUGCGCGGCGUGACCGUGUGCGACUACGGCACCGGCAGCGGCGUGCUGGCCAUUGCGGCGCUCAAGUACGGCGCGGCCAGCGUGGUGGGCACCGACAUCGACUCCCUGGCGGUUAAGGCGGCGCAGCGCAACGGCGCGCUCAACGGCUACGAGCCGCCCGCCUUCCUGGCACUGCAGUGCGGCGCCGGCAUCAACGACCCGGAGCCCAUCGGCGCAGCAGCGGCUGUAGCAGCCGGAAGCAGCAGCAGUAGCAGCGGUUCGAGCCCCACAUUCGACCUGGUCGUGGCGAACAUCCUUCGCGGGCCGCUGGUGGAGCUGCAAGGCCGCUUGUCAGGGUACGUCAAGCCGGGCGGGAUGCUGAUGCUGUCGGGGAUCCUGUACGAGCAAGCGGCCGAGAUCCAGGCCGCGUACGGCGGGGAAUUCCAGGACUUCGUGGUCAAGACGCACCAGCAGUGGGCGGUCAUCACGGCCGUGAAGCGGAGAUAGAUAGCUAGACAGCUGGAUAGUUGGGCUGGCAGUUGACUGGCAACGGGAUUCAGGCUAGGGCUGCGGCGGCGGCGGAGCUGCAGCUGGGUCUGGCGGCGGCAUGGGCGGCAGCGGCACCGGACCCAGUCGCUAGUGGCAGCGGCUGCAGCAGUGCGGGCCUGCGGGGUCCAGCAGGGAAAUUGCGGUAACAAUGCGGAGGGAGCAGGCAAGGCGACAUGAAGGAGGAGCGUGGCGCCGUUCCAAUAGCAUCGACAGCGCGCAGGUUGCUUGCGACCGGCCGGUGUCUGGUUAGGAGCCAGUGGUGGGACACAGCCGUGGCUAUUCAACAGCAGCAAUGUGGCGACUGCGUGACAGCUGUUUGUAUGAAACAAGAGUCAUCAUGAGUGGCUGUGCGAAAUCGCUGGACUGGCCCUGACUGGCCUGAGACAGUGUGGUGUGGGCCGGACAACCAUAGGCUAGGCAGGAGCUUACAGACUGCAUCCGUGCCUCACCGCUGGACCAGCGACUGAAAGGCGCACAACGGGAACUUGUCUCUCAUCACCCUCUGCUCUCGCU